UUUAUAGUCGAUAAAACGGCAACACAACAUAUCCCCAAAAUAUUCUUCCCCAAGCUGAAAUAUACAUAAAUGUACAUGUACAAUCAUGGAAACUAAAAAAGUUAAAAUUUUCCAUCAGUGUGACAUGUGUGAUGAGAUUUUUCAACAAUAUGCUGAUUUAGAAAAACACAAUAAAAUACACAUUAAAGAAGAGAAAACUGAUGAUGUAGAUGAAUAUUGUCAUGUUAAAGAAGAGAAAACUGAUGAUGUAGAUGGAUAUUGUCAUAUUAUCGAAGACAAAACUGAUGAUAUGCAUGUAGAAGGAUAUUGGCAUGGUAAAGAAGAGAAAACUGCCGAUGCAGAUGAAUAUUGUCAUGUUAAAGAAGAUGAAUAUUAUCAUGGUAAAGAAGAGAAAACUAGUGAUUUAGAUGUAUGUUGUAAUGUUAAAGAAGAGAAAACUGAUGAUGUAGAUGAAUAUUGUCAUGUUAAAGAAGAUAAAACUGAAGAUAAUGAAACAUUUUAUCAGUGUAAUUUAUGUGAUGAGAAAUUUAAAUAUUACACAGAUUUAGAAAAACACUGUGAAAUACACGUUAAAGAAGAUGAGUCUGAUUUACAACAUUUCAGGGAUUGUGAUGACAAAUGUAAAUCAAACUUUGAUUUGGAGAAAUGCAGCAAAACUCAUAUUGAAGUCAGGGAAACUACGAGACGAGUUUCACAAAAUAAUGAGACUAAAAAGACAACUGAUAGACCUUUUAAAUGUGAUGUUUGUGGUAAAUCAUUCACUUGGAGUAAUGCUCUACAAAAUCACAUAAGGAUUCAUACUGGCGAGAAACCAUUUAAAUGUAAUGUUUGUCGUAGAUCUUUCUCUCAGACUAGUAGUCUACAAAGGCACAUGAAACUUCAUAGGGGAGAGAAGCCAUUUAAAUGUGAUGUUUGUGGUAGAUCAUUUGCUCAGGCUUGUAGUCUACAAAGACACAUAAAACUUCAUACGGGGGUGAAACCGUUUAAAUGUGAUGUUUGUGGUAAAUCGUUCACUCAGAAAUAUCGUCUAAAUAAACACAUGGGAACUCAUACUGUAGGAAAGGUUUUAAAGUGUUAUAUUUGUGAUAAACCAUUCUCUUUGAGGACUCAACUACAAAAACACAUGGGAACUCAUACUAAAGAGACCCCUUACAAAUGUGAUGUUUGUGGUAAAUCGUUCACUCAGAAAUAUCGUCUAAAUAAACACAUGGGAACUCAUACUGUAGGAAAAGUUUUUAAGUGUUAUAUUUGUGAUAAACCAUUCUCUUUGAGGACUCAUCUACGAAAACACAUGGGAACUCAUACUGUAGAAAAACCUUACAAAUGUCAUAUUUGUAGUAAAUCAUUCACUCAGAAUUUAUAUCUAAAAACACACAUCAGAACUCAUACAGGAGCAAAAAAAUAUAAAUGCGAUGUUUGUAAUAAAUCAUUUUCUCGAAGUAAUCAUCUCCAGGAACACAUCGGUACACAUACUGUAGAAAAAGCUUACAAAUGUAAUGUUUGUGGUAAAUCAUUUACUCAGAAUUAUAAUCUAGAAGCACACAUGAGAAUUCAUAGUGGUGCAAAAACAUAUAAAUGUGAGGUUUGUGAUGAAUUAUUCACUCACAAUCAUUAUCUAGAAACACACAUGACAAUUCAUAUCAAAGAAAAACUUUUUAAAUGUGAUGUUUGUAGUAAAUCAUUCACACAGCAUAAUUAUCUCCAGGCUCACAUGAGAACCCAUACAUGUACUAGAACCUAUACACUAAUUAAAUGUGAUGUUUGUAGCAAGCCUUUUUAUAGUAAUUACGUACUUCAGCAACACAUGCGAAUUCAUACGGGAGAUAAACCAUAUAAGUGUGAUGUUUGUAGUAAAUCAUUCACUCAGACUAGUAGUCUACAAAAACACAUGCGCAUUCAUACAGGAGGAAGACCUUUUAAAUGCGAUGUUUGUGAUAAAUCAUUCUCUCGGAGUGGUAAUCUACAGCAACACAUGCGCAUUCAUACAGGUGAAAGACCUUAUAAGUGUGAUGUUUGUGGUAAAUCGUUUACUCAGCAGGGUCAACUGAAACCACACAGAAGAAUUCAUACAAGAGAAAAAACCUUAAAAAUGUGAUGUUUGUUGUAAAUCAUUUUAUAGUAAAGGUGUUCUUGAUCAACACACAAGAAUUCAUACUGGAUAAAAACCUUUAUAGAGAGAGAGAGAGAAAUGGGGUUUAACGUCCACUCGACACAAACUAGGUCAUUUCGUUACUAACAUAUGGUUUAAUUUUAUUUACAUAAUUCGCUUGCGCGUAGGGCUCUUUAGCAGUGGGAGGAAAUUGGAGGAUCCAGAGAAAACCCACGAGGUUGGACAGGCGACCCUACUCCUUGUCACGUACAACCGGGGAUUCGAAACCACGCCAGUCGACUCAAUGACAGACUUUAUGAUACAGCGCGCGCACGCUAACCAUUCAGCCAUCCAACCCCCAAAAAACCUUUAUAAGUGUGAUGUUUGUUGUAAAUCAUUUAAUAGUGACAGUGUUCUUAAUCGACACACCAGAAUUCAUACUGGAGAAACAACCUUUUACAUGUGAUGUUUGUGGUAAAUCGUUUACAUACAAACAUCAGCUGAAGAAACACCAAGAUCUAGACUGUAAAGAUGAAGUUGGCAGUUGAUAUCAGUGUAGUUUUUCAUCUCACAGUGGUUCUCUAAAAGUAAAACAUCCUAUCUCCAGUUAUAAAUGUGGAGUUUGUGGUCAAUACUCUGAAGAUGUGGAUUGAAAGGAACACAGAAAAAUUCAUAGCAGAGAAAAACAUGUUUAAAUGCGAUUUAUAUGAUGAAGGUUUUGAGUGGAAGAGUGAUUCAUUAAAUCACAUCUCAGUUCAUAAAUAUAAAGCUAAACAAUCUUUAAAGAAAAGUACACACGCAAAUGUUGUAAGAGAGAAAGAGAGGUGGGGUUUAACAUCCACUCGACACAAACUAGGUCAUUUUGGGACUAACACAUGGUCAAAUGUUAUUUCAAUUAUUCGUUUGCGCUGAGGGUUCUUUAGCAGUGGAAGGAAACCAGAGGACCCAGAGAAAACCCAUCCAAACAACUGCACACUUUGGAGGCACUCCGUUCUGCACCAUCCACAAUGGGAAAAUUUUUUGAGCCACUGUGUCGCCCUAUUAAAAUGUAAAUAAUGUGUUUUAAAAUUAUGCUUUGCUAAAUUUAUGUUAUAGAAACAAUAUCAUUAGAUUCAGAAUAAAUAACAAUUUGCUGUUUUGAA